CAAUAGCUUAUUUUUCCUCACAGGAAAUUAAUCAAACGGUGACUUUUUAAUUUUUUUAUCUAUCGAGCCGCUCCACAGCCGUCUGAGACAAACAUGAACUCCGAGAAUACGCCAUUGCUGCGAAGAACUACAUCAUCUCUGUCAGAGAUCAGUAACUCCAGAUUGUAUCUAGCCGUGUUCUCAGCAGUUCUUGGUAACUUCAACUUUGGUUACUCCCUGGUCUAUCCGUCCCCCGUCCUGCCGAAGCUCACAAGUCCCGAUGCAGACCCUCGGCUCCGAUUGGACCCGAACCAGGCCGCCUGGUUCGGGUCCAUCUACUCCCUGGGUGCAGCAGCCGGGGGUCUCGGGGCGAUGCUGCUCAACGACCUGAUUGGACGGAAGAUGAGCAUCAUGAUGUCAGCGGUUCCCUCGACCGCUGGAUACACGCUGAUGGGAGGAGCCGUGAACUUGUCGAUGCUCCACGGGGGUCGAUUCUUGACCGGUGUUGCCGGGGGGAUGACGGCUGCUUCAAUUCCAGUUUACAUCUCAGAGAUCUCCCACAAAAAAGUCAGAGGGGCCCUGGGCUCCUGCCCCCAGAUCACAGCCGUGUUUGGCACCCUAACGCUCUACGCCCUUGGUCUGGUGGUGCCGUGGCGGUGGCUGGCGGUGGCGGGGUGCGUGCCAGCCGUGCUGAUGGUCGUCCUGCUGGUGUUCAUGCCUUCGUCCCCCAGGAGACUCCUCUCCCUCGGCCAGGAGCAGAAAGCGGAAAAAGCCCUCCGCUGGCUGAGAGGAGCCAAAUACAACACGAGCAUAGAGCUCAAUGCCAUACAGCACAGCAUUAACACGCAGGUUAAGAUCACCUUGGCUCAGCUGGCCACGCCCAUCUACUAUCGACCAAUCCUGAUCUCGGUUGGGAUGCGUUUCCUGCAGCAGAUGACGGGAAUCACGCCAAUUCUGGUUUACCUGGAGCCGAUCUUUGCCAAGAGCAGUGUCUCCCUGGAGCCCAGGUACGACGCUGCCAUCGUGGGUGCGGUCCGCCUCCUCUCUGUCGCCGUGGCAGCCAGCCUGAUGGACAAGGCAGGACGUAAAGCCCUGCUGUACACGUCGAGCAUGCUGAUGUUCCUGUCCUCUCUGACGCUGACCAUGAUCUCCCACACCACGCCUUGCCCGGCUGUAAAUGUUACAGCUCCGAACUCUGAGCUGGGCAACGCGUUGCAGGCCAGCCAGGAAACGGCUCUGAGCUUCGUCCCGCUCAUCAGUACCGUGGUGUUUAUAUUCGGAUACGCCAUGGGAUGGGGGCCGAUCACUUGGCUGCUGAUGUCAGAGGUGUUGCCGCUGGUGGCCAGGGGCGUGGCUUCAGGCCUGUGUGUCACAGUGAGCUGGGUGACGGCCUUCGUGCUCACGCACGCCUUCACCCUCCUGGUGGACGCCUACGGCCUGUACGUGCCCUACCUGAUGUUCACGGUGGUGUGCGUCUUCUGCCUGCUGUUCAACGCCGUGUGUAUCCCGGAGACUCGCAAGCGCUCGCUGGAGGAAAUAGAGAACUAUUUCAGGACUGGACGCACGUUCACCAUCAGGCAAAACCAUCCCAGUGUGGUGUCCAGCUGAAAACAUGAGGUCAAUCUGAGCAAAAGGAACCACUGUUGCUUUGAAAGUGAAGCAGUAAAAAGCUAAAUGUGACACAUUUUAGCUUAAGAACCCGAGAUGGCAAUUUUAGGGGAUUUAAAAUAUCUUUUCUAAUCAUUGUUUCAAAGCCUUGUAGAAGUUUUCAUCUCCUUUGAACUUUUUCACAUUUCAUCACUGUACAACCACAAACUUCAGUGCAUCCCACUGGGAUUUCAUUUCAUAAACCAACACAAGAACACAAGAAGUAGAUGUAGCCUUACUAGUGAAAUCUUGUGGUUCUGCAUGAGAAAAUGACUGACUUCUUUCUAUUAUUUUACAUUAUUACUCUAUAAUUUCUCUUUGUGUGCUAUUACUGCUACAUAUCACAUCAAUUCUAAUUUGUUUCACUUGUGCUCUACUCCUAACAUUACCUAAAGUAGCUACAUGCUGUUGUGGCAAAAGAAUAACACUUGACAGGUGUGAUGUAGAUUUGCCAGAGCAACAAUUAUCACAUUUUGUGGUAAAACAAAAUGACUGACUGCAGAUUUCAUGUAACUACACUGAUAACAAUCAGAAAGAAAACUCCAGUAAAUUAAAAAAGCCAGAAUAAA